AUGGCUGACCAGGUCGAGCACAGGGAGACUGCAGCCGAGGGUGCGACAGAAGGGUCGAUGGCAGUCGUAAACACGGGAGAAAGAAGGAUUGUCAAGAAGAUGGUUCGCAAAAAAAAGAGGCCUGCGAGAGCGCAGAUUGAUCCUAGCGAGUUCACGUCAGAGGCACCACCACAGACCGGAACGACAUACAACAUCUGGUUCAACAAGUGGGCGGGCGGAGAUCGAGAGCCGUACCAGCAGACCAAAGCCAAGGGCCGAUGUGUCAUUGCGACAGACGCCGGCUACACCACGGCUGACAACGUGUCGGGAAGCUAUUUCUGCCUGCGAUUUGCACGCGGAAUCUGCCCUCGCGGACAGGACUGCACAAAUCUCCACCGAUUGCCGGGCACGUUCGACCUUUUCAACCCAAAUGUCGACUGCUUCGGCCGGGAAAAGUUCAGCGACUACAGAGACGACAUGGGUGGUGUCGGCAGCUUUAUGCGCCAGAACAGAACGAUUUACGUGGGCCGCAUCCAUGUGACAGAUGACAUUGAAGAGAUUGUGGCCCGUCAUUUUGCAGAAUGGGGACAGGUUGAACGAAUCCGAGUCUUGAACUCGCGAGGUGUCGCCUUCAUUACCUACACCAACGAAGCCAACGCUCAGUUCGCCAGAGAAGCCAUGGCCCACCAGUCACUCGACCACGACGAGGUCCUCAACGUGCGAUGGGCCACGGCUGAUCCCAACCCCAUGGCCCAAGCGCGUGAGGCAAGGCGAGUCGAGGAGCAGGCUGCCGAAGCUGUUCGAAGAGCACUUCCCGCGGAUUUCGUUGCCGAAAUCGAGGGAAAAGACCCGGAAUCCAGGAAGCGGAGACGUUUCGAGAGCAGUUACGGCUUGGAAGGGUACGAGGCACCCGACGAUGUGCAUUUCUCUCGGGGCAAGAACGCAGUCAAUCCCGUCGGCCGUGAGGGUUUCCAAGUAGAAUACCAGGAGCCGUUAAUGCUCGAAAAUGGCCAGUCAACAGAAGAAGCCGAAACGACAACAGCACCAGCACCGGAAGAAACUGGGAUAUUUUCCGGCUCCACGCUGGCAGCACUCAACAGGGCCAAAGUAGCCGUGACGUCAAAACCCAAGGUGGCAGCUCCUGCAGGGCCCCUUGUUUCUUAUGAUAGCGACAGUGACGAUGAGUAG